ACAACAUGGCAGCACCCAUGCGAAAUUCGUAAAUUCGUCUGCUUUCCUCGAACCUGAUAGUACAACUAAGACAAUGAGGCUCCUGCUAAAAUAUUCAUCACUUCUGCUUUCUGCGGCACGAAAAGCACCAUGUCAAGCUACUGUAUGUGUCAAAUUUCAAAGAAGCUAUACAAAGAUCUACACCAGAACAGGAGAUAAAGGAACCUCUGCCACAUUUACUGGUGAACGACGCCCGAAGGAUGAUGACAUAUUCAUUGCUCUGGGAACCACAGAUGAACUGUCUUCAUCCAUAGGAUUGGCAAGUGAAUACUGUGAAGACGCAGGGCACAGUGUCAUCGAUAAGCUACAGGAAAUCCAGUGUAUGCUGCAAGAUGUGGGAUCCUGCAUUGCUACACCGAGGGGGUCUGCCAGGGCAGCGCAUACAAAGAGGACCGAGUUCAGCAAGCAGUACGUUCAGCAGGUGGAGGCCUGGAUUGAUGCCCUGUCAGCAGAGUUACCUCCCCUUCAAAACUUCAUCUUGCCUUCGGGAGGGAAGACAUCCGCCUCACUGCAUGUUGCACGCGCCAUCUGCCGGAGAGCAGAACGAAGUGUGACGCCUAUGGUGAGAGAUGGGGAAAUUGAAGAAGAAGCUCUGAAGUUCCUGAACAGACUGAGCGACUUCCUGUUCACCGCGGCACGCUACACUUGCAUGAAGGAGGGGAGGAUGGAGAAGAUCUACAGGAGACCGGACGUUGGCAGGAAGGAGGACGACCCUUGAUGGAGGCAAGAUGGAGAAAAUCAACAGGAAGGAGCAUGACCCUUGAUGGGGAUAGGUCAUGAGUAGGCCAAGGUCACUGUGACCUCUCAACAGAUGGGUAUAGGUCGCUGUGACCUCACUCAACCAGUGUGUGUGCUAUAACAAACUUCUUAAAGGAGAAGGGAUGCAUUGGAAUAAAUUUACUGUAGUGGGGCCAAGGCCUGAAGUGAUUGAUGUACCGUACCAUCUCCAGAAUUUGAGAAGCAUGUGGUGUGUGUAGUAAUGUCUAAAGUUACUAAGAGCUAGAGCUAUUUACCUUUAUGAGAACUAUAUCAGUUAUGAAACACUUGUACACAUUAAUUGAUCUUAUUCUGAAAAAACAUUGAUAUUGCAAGUAAGAUUUAAGAAUCGAUUGCAUAAACAUGCUUUUGGUGAAGGUGGAUCCAUCUCCCCGAGGCAAGGGGUUAACUGACUGUAAAAGUCCAGUUUCUACCUUGCCGAACUAGGCUGGAAUUCCUGGGCUCGAUCGUUGCGCCACCAGUGGUUAUUACAAGUUAUGUGCCUU